CAAACAACAAAUUUAGCUUUGAAACCUUAUAGUUCACGAAUUCUAAACUUGAGUAUAUAAAUUAUUAUUUUUUUUUACUUAAAGGUUAUUCAGGGUUGGAUUAUCUAUUCAGAAAGGUCGCCAAUGUUCCUCAAAUCUUUACUCCAGUAAAGGCCACCUUCAGGCUACACCCCCUCCCCACUUCCCAACCAAACACCUUUGAUUGGUGUGGUUUGUGGAUUAGAUAUUUAAGGUGAACAAUUUUUUUAAAAAGUUACUUUCUAUGUUUUUUUUUAAAAUGAAAAGGUUUUAAGUGUAUUUCGGGAAUGAAUGACCGUAACCAUAGAAACCCCCACUAGGGGGACGUCCAUUAAUUACGUCCACAAAAUAGGAGUGGGGGAGGGGGUUUGGAAAUGUUUGACAGUUAUUGACAAGGGGGAGGGGGGCUAGAUUAGUUAACGUCAACAAUCAUGUUGUUGUUUUUUUUUAUAUUAAAAUUUUAAUCUUAAUAAUUGACUGGUUUUUACAUUAUUUUAAAGAAUUUAAUGAGUGUAAAUAGUUAUAUAGUUUUUAUGCUUUUAACAGUAUAAGAUUUAUUGAAUGUUUGUCAGUCUGUGCACUGGUGAUGGCUGGUCAGAAUUUUAGCACAUUUUGCUAGUGCAAGCGAAGUCAAAAGUUAGCCUCUCUUCUCCUGUCAUUUUUCUCUAUAUCCGCUCCCUAGAAUGAUUAACACAUCAUUGUGCACGGUGUUCAAUUUAAAAAAACAACAACAAAAAAACACCAACUCAUUGGUGUUCAAUAACAACUUAUACCAACUCAGAGACAGAGAGAGCGUGUGGCCAGUAUUGCUCACACAGACAAUGCUUCGAUUUUAAAUGCUGAAUGGUUAGAUAAGGAUGAUGUUGACUUGUCUGGUAUAUCUGUUCCGCGAGAUGAAAAUGAUAAAGCUCCUUUAGACUGUGCCCAUCAGGGGCGUCAUUUCGGGUUUUCUUCAAAGGGAGGGGGGUGGCAAAACCAAAACUUGGUCGGCUUGUUAAGUUGUAUAUUACUGGCGGCGUAACAGUAAAAAGCAAUUUAAAUAAAACCGGCAAAUUUGGAGACCCCCCCCCCCCACGCUGCCCUACCCAAAUGAUUUCCCUGAUGCCCAUUGUUACGAUAGAGCAACACCUUGCUUUCCAUGGGAAGAUUACAGCAGCUGGAAACUAUACUCCAAUUGUCAGCUAUACUGACAAUAAUCAUAUUUACACUCUCACAAACAAUGAUAUUUAGUCUUUAACAACCUUUUAAUUGAUUCUGCUUUAUAAAAUUUAAGUGUAGAAACUUGUUAACUUGUUGAUUAACAAGCUAAAGAUGUCAUCAAAUGUUCCCUACAAUCAUGUGUGUCAUUAGAAUACAAUCAGCACAAAGUCAAACGUAUUUAUUAAUUUAUUUAAUAAUUCAUUUUUUUUUUCGUUUGGGGGGGGGGAGUGUUAUAAAAUGAAGAAUUGAUUAAAUGGGGGAGGGGUGAUCGAAUGGUUGACAGUUGUUGACAAGCAGGGGGUGGGUGUCAAAAAUUGCGUAAAAAUUGUCGACGUGAUUAAUGGACGACCCCUGAACGUCGUAUAUUCAAACACAGAACACGAUGACGUCAGAAAAUUCCGUGAUAAACAGGGUGAACACCAUCAACUCGGUUACUACACGUUCGUCAUAUUUUGCACAAAACAUCAAUGUGAACAUGUGAUCAUGGGCUCUUCACCUCAGCAGAUUAAACAGAAACGUAUACUUAUAUAUAUAUUUUUCUCAAAACCUUUUAAGGAUGUCCUGCGUGGCGGUCUCUUUACGUGUAUUUAGAUUGCCCAUAGACCCUUAAAAACUAACCCUACAUUUAACAAAUUUACUUCUGUUAGCAAAACAUUUUUGAACAAAAAAAAAAUUCUCUUAAAAAUGCCAAAUUUUAGUCAUCAAAUGUACAUUCAAUGGGUGCAUCUGUUUUAACUGAACUAGUUCUUCUUGUUUGGCUUUGUCUUUGGACAGUGCAAACUCUCAUGUUAUUUUUCCCGUAUAAUCUGAUUCGGAGAUUUUGUUUAGAUAUCAAAUAGUUUGGAAAAAGCCGUCUCACACUCAUAGGUGGUUGCAAAAAUGGAAUCAACAAUCUUAGAGCCAUACUUGCAACAUCGAGAUAGGACUUGCGCCAAUUUUUACAAUACAAAAUCACUACAACACAUUUUACGAACCCCUAUCACUUAUUAAAUCAAUGAACUGUUCUUGAACUAAAUUGUCCACCGAAGGCGGAUCUCUAACGAAAGGCCCAUUGGGGGGUCGGGGUGUGUUGGUGAAUCGAUAUUAUUAUUAAAGAUCUUGUAGCUCUGGAAAAUAAUGAGAAGUUUCUUAGCUAAAAAUUGCAACAUUUUGUUUCAACACCUCGAGGAUAGCAUCAUCAAAGUCCUACUCGUCUUCAUCAAUGCAUAUGUUUCGCUGUAGAAAUGGGGCAAAAAUCUUCUUCUCUAACUCUGCAUGCCAUUGUUUAAGCUUCAUUUUGAAAGCUGACAUUUUUUCAUAACAAUGCUGCACUGAGAUCUUUUUCAUCACAGCGCCAGGUUGAUGGUAUUAACGGAAUCAAAUAUGUCAGCCUAAAAUUACAGGCAUAUAAGAAAACAGACAUUAGAUAAUUUUGCGCUUCUAUCUGAUUUAUCAUCUUGCACAAAAAAAUUGCUGCAUUUCUUCACGUCGUCACGAAAGCUCUCUUCAAAACUUUACGUUUUGAAAGUCAUUCCACGUUAGGGCGUUUCAAAUCAGGAAAAACUUUCAUUUUAUAGUAUAACUUGGAAAACAAGCGAGAGUCGAGUGCCUUCGCUUUCAUGAAGCUCAGCGUUGUAACUGUACUCACUUCACUGAGAACUUUCUUUUUUUCCAACUCAUCAGGCGUGGUAGUCACCACUGAGGCGUGGCGAUCAACAGCGAUUUGUGGACCAAUAAUGUUUGAGGGAUUUUUGCUUAACUUAUGUUUGAAAACCAGAAUGGCAACCAAGCGUCGUCAGCAGACACGCCAAUGACAUGUUCCAUUUUGAUACCAUGCGCCUCAAAAAUAUGUCCACUUUGUCAAAUAUUUCUUUCGCAGUUGCUAUAAUACGUAGACGCAAAGUUGGGCUGAGUUGGCGACACCUGUCAUUUCAUCCAGCUGGAUCGCAAUGAAUUUAAAAAUCGAAUUCUGAACAUUCCAGCUUAACUGCGACAGUGUGUCAUCAGAUCGAAUUCUGAACCUUCCAGCUUAACUGCGACAGUGUGUUACCAGACAUCUCCGCUAGUCGCCUCCUAACAGUAUCGUUUGACAGAAAGGAAAAAACAUGCUUCAGCUUCUCAUGCUCAGAUUUUCACAGCACAUUCGAUGUGAUAUCUUUGCAGGUCAACAUUUUUAUUUGGUGCUUGGUUGCUUCGCUUCUAAGUGUCUCUUUAACUUGCUGGUCUCUGGUCUCUGGAGAAGCAAAACAAAAUUUCAAUUAUGAAACGUCAGAGCCCAUUAAAUGUUUUGGAGGCAUUUUAAUCUGAGGAAACAAAACAAAAAAAAACAAAACAAAAAAAUCUACUACUUGUUAAAAUUUUAGUUACAAAUUAUUGAUUUAUCAUUAUUAAGUUAAAAAUUGAAAACUAGAUAAAAAAUUGGUCAAUUAAUGAAAUUCUUAUUAUAAUAGAACAAAGUAUAACCAGUAGCAUUUAGAAAAGAAAAUCUUAUCAAGAGAAAAAAAGCGGUAUAGAGACGGUAGGCUGCUUGCUAGGCAUAAGAAAGCUUGAGAACAUUUUAUAAACAGAUUGUUUCUGUUGUAGGGGGCAGUAAAAUUAAAUUUAAAAAAACACACACUCUAAGAUCUCUUUAAGUCAGUAGUUCUCAACUUUUCUAGUGCCGCGACCCUUUAAUACAGUUCGUCAUAUUUUGGCGUCCCCCAAACACAAAAUUGUUUUCGUUGCCACUUCAUAACUGUCAACUAUAUGUGUUUCCGAUGGUCUUAGGCGACCCAUGUAAAAGGGUCGUUCGACCCCCCAAAGGGUCGCGACACACAGGUUGAGAACCGCCACUUUAAUUGAAUGUUGUAAAAGAUAUAGCUAGUAGCUUGACAGUUGUAAAUAUAUAUAGCUAGUGGUGUGACAUUUGUAAAGUAUAUUGCCUAUACACUCUGAAAUCUGCUGUUCUGAUGUUGUCUAAGUGCCGUUGAUACACUAGGAUAUCAUUCAGUGCUGUAAUACCCUUUACCCUAUUGGCGUCAGGUAGUAUAUUAUCAUCGAGAUAUUAUCUUUUAAUUCUUACUUAUUAAAAGUAUAAAUUAAUUUUUUUUUUUCAUUUUCAGAAAUAAUAUUUAACCAUAAUGAAUAACCAGGCCGAUGAUAUCAGUAAGUAUUGAUUUAUGUAAAUUGUACUGUAUCGCUGUCAGUGUUUCAGUUGAUUAGCUCAUUUAUUCAAGUACCCAACAUCUAAAUAUUUUGGCACUCUUUAACAAUUAAUUAACCAAUAUCUUUUAUGAAUAAUCUGUUAAAUAUUAUAUUUAUACAAAAACCGGGUGAAUUUAGAAAAAGAACUGAUUCAGAGUUAUGGAAACGUUGACACCACAUGGCAUGUUCGUCAUGUUCUCAUUCACCUGUUAAACCUUUUCUCCGCCCCCUUCUUGUUACGACCAAUCGCCUUGGACAUUCCUUAUCUCUCUUUCGUCCCAUUUUUUUUGUGUCUGUAUUAACUCUCUCGUCUACCUUUCUUCUAUCACAUUCUUCUUGCUGUCCUUUCACCUACUUAUGUUCUAUUAUAUUCCUCUUGAUGUUGUCUCGUGCUCUACAAUGUAGCUAAGGGUUUAUUUUAAUUUCAAAUUGUUUUUGCUGUUUUUUCGCUGAAGAAGGCUUCUUGACGACACAUUCGUUGUUUUUUGUUCCGUCCUUUUUUCCCUCAGACCUUCCCAUAUAUGUUUCCAGGUUAUUUCCUUAUAAAUGUCAUAUUUAGUUAGCACUGUUUUUUUUUUUUUUAGCAGUGAAAAAUUUAAAGUUAAAUUCCUCCAUUUUCAAAUAUAUUCAAAUGACGACAUUGACUUAAGCUGUAAAGAAUGGCACAAGCUGAGAAAGAGGCGUGUGUAAGUCUACCCCAGCGUUGUUACCUUCCCAUAUAUGUUUCCAGGUUAUUUCCUUAUAAAUGUCAUAUUUAGUUAGCACUGUUUUUUUUUUUUUUAGCAGUGAAAAAUUUAAAGUUUAAUUCCUCCAUGUUCAAAUAGAUUCAAUUGAUGACAUUGACUUAAGCUGUAAAGAAUGGCACAAGCUGAGAAAGAGGCGUGUGUACGUCUACCCCAGCGUUGUAACUGACCAAGAAGAAUGCUUGGAUCUUUUAAAGGAUUUUAAAGUUGUCCUUAAGGUGAGAAUUUAAACAACCUCUUGGGGGUACAGUAAGAUGAGAUUCUUAAAAAUUCCUCUUAAAAUUGCUUGUAAAUAGUUCGUGAAUUGUUACAGAAUUGGGGGCAAAAAGAUAUAUGGGAUUUUUUUUUAAAGAAAAAAGUUUAAAGCAUCGACAACAUGUUUACAAUAUUAAAUGAAUGUGCUUUCAAAGACGUAUUAAAAGUGUGUUAUAAUGAUGUGGAAGAGAAGCGGGCAAAGCGUAAAUAUUAGGUGGCUCGUCUUUUUCAACUUUUUAAAACUUGAUCUCCAAACGUUUCUAUCUUGUUCCAAUCAACAACAACAGAAAACCGCCCAAAAACAACAAAAGUUACAAUUUGCUGCCCCAAUCCCCGAAAUCUUGUUUCAAUGCAGACCCCCCCCCCCCCCAAAAAAAAAAAAAAAAGGUUACUAUAAUAAGAUUUAAUUAUAUUCAUAACAAUAUAUUAUUAUACAUACUUUAUUAACCCAUUUGCUAACCAUAGCGAACCCCACCGCAAAAAAAACAAAAAAAAAAAAAACUGGCUACUAAUACGAAACAGAGCGUCAUUUUGCCUAGCUACGGAGACUUGCAGUCAACACAUGUUAUUGAGUUAGUUUUUAGCAGCUGGCUUGACUCACUGAUGGGGGAAGACUUUGUCAACUUGUGACCUAUGCAUGGAGCUUUUUAAAAAUGAUUUCCAGAGACUCGGAUGAAACUCGACAAGAACACUUCACAUAACUGUUAGCAGUGAAAUUUCCCGAUGACGUUCUCCCUAAAAUUCUCGGAUGUCUUGAACACCACCUUUCUACACAGAAACAACCGCUAGAGGUUUACCGAGAAGUGCUGGAGAAAUGAGGAACUUUCUUUGCUGCAUUACGAAGAGCGGGACAUGGUUUGGUAUGCUUGGAGCUAUAAGUCAUGCUUGUGUGACGGGGAAAAAAAAGGUUAAUAUAUUAUUAUGCAUUGGAGACCUACCUGUUUCGAGAUCAGUUUCCGUUCUCUCGUGGGGAGAAGAACUCUUUAACAAGAAUAUGUAUUUUAUCUUCCUUGGAGGGUCUGUUUGAACCUGGUUUCUGUCAGAAGAAACAAAUGAAAGCGCUUAUCGUGGUUUCCUGUCCCUGCGUUUAUUGGUAAACUAUCAGGAUAUUGAUCCAGAAAUAUCUUUUGUGCUUAGCUUCUGAAAAUGUGGCUCUAUCCUAGUUCGAUGCCGAUGUUUCAACAAUUGUUGCAAAUAUGGCUCAAGGUAUGCUGGAAGCAGACAAAGGUCAAGAACAGGAAGUGAAACAAAAAGCAACCGAAGAGAUACAGACAUUUUGCACCAAAAUAUGUUUCUUCUUUUUACGAACAUAUUGUUUUCGACUUGUGUAACUGUUGGUGCAAAAAAACUUUCUCUGCGAGAUUUUCUUGAAGUAUCGAUUCUUUCGACAAAGACCCUUCAACAUGGAAAGAUGAUCGUGUUCACAAAAAGUUGAAUUGAAAAAACUUGAGAAGACGUAUGUUGUGAAUGACGUUGUAGAAAGAGGCGUCAAACUCAUUCAGGGUUGCAAUGACAUUCUCACAAAAGAUGAGCGGUUCUCCCUCACUCUGAACAAAAUGCAGCUCAAGUCGAGGCUACUACUCAAGUCGAAACCUUGGCCGUCUUCGCAUGCGAAGUACGAAGAAUAUUUAAAAAAAAAUAAUAAUAUUUCGUAAAUUUUUCAUAUUUCAGAAUUUUUUAAAUUAACCUUUAGGUUCAGAAUGAUUUUAAACAAUUGCCGGCCUUGCCUGAAUGUGUGCAUAUAAAUUUAUCUGAGAAGAAACAAGGAAAAUGGACGACCUGGGGAACAGCACACCGCAUAUUACCUGAAUUAAUUGUUUCGUACACUGUGUGCCAAUUCCAUGGCGCUUGAGUGUCGUCUAGCAGUUGUCAGAAUGAGUUGACAUUUUGCAAAUAUCGGGGUUUUAUUUGAUUCUAUUCCCCGGGUCAGACCACUUGUAGGUGCGGCUACUCUUGAGGCCAACUUGUUGGUGGUCCGCCGACGUUAAUUUGGCCUUAAAUUCCCGCGGCUNUUUUUUUUUUUUUUUUGUUGUUGAUUGAAACACUUUUUUUCUUUUUGAGGGGGGGGGGGGACACUAAAAUUGUAUCUUUCGGAAAGCUACAUAUAGCUAAGGGCCAUCCUAAAAAUAUAUUUACUAAAUAGGUGUAUUAAAAAAAUGGGAUAUACAUUAAUUAUGAUUUUCUUUUCUUAUGUUGCAGGGUCCCGUCAACAAAUUUUUUGAAAAUUGUAAUUUGUUGCUCGGAAAUUUAGCAUGGCACAGAUAUUUUAAUGUGAGUAUUGCUGGUGCUGUGUGGUCGCGUUAGAAUACAAUUUUAAAAAAAAAAAUUAUAAUUUUUUUUUAAUGAGAGACGAAAAGUUAAAAAAUGUAGAGAAGCAUUGAGAGAGAGUGAGAGAGAGAGAGAAAGAGAGAGAGAGAGAGGCUGGUGAGUAAGACAGUGAUAGAAAGAAGCAGGUUUCCGAUGUAGAAAGUGGGAGUGAGAAAUAUAAAAUUAUUGCUUUACAAAAAGACAGGUUAAAUUUUGAAACGUUUGCAUGCGGUGACAAAUAAACAAAUUUAAAAAAAAACUUAUUACAAGACAAGGACAUUAAAACAACAAAUCUGAUACGUCAGACAGGCCCGUUUCUUAUUACAAGACAAGGACAUUAAAACAACAAAUCUGAUACGUCAGACAGGCCCGUUUCUUAUUACAAGACAAGGACAUUAAAACAACAAAUCUGAUACGUCAGACAGGCCCGUUUCUUAUUACAAGACAAGGACAUUAAAACAACAAAUCUGAUACGUCAGACAGGCCCGUUUCUUAUUACAAGACAAGGACAUUAAAACAACAAAUCUGAUACGUCAGACAGGCCCAUUUCUUAUUACAAGACAAGGACAUUAAAACAACAAAUCUGAUACGUCAGACAGGCCCGUUUCUUAUUACAAGACAAGGACAUUAAAACAACAAAUCUGAUACGUCAGACAGGCCCGUUUCUUAUUACAAGACAAGGACAUUAAAACAACAAAUCUGAUACGUCAGACAGGCCCGUUUCUUAUUACAAGACAAGGACAUUAAAACAACAAAUCUGAUACGUCAGACAGGCCCGUUUCUUUGCAGUCGGACCUUUGAAAAAAUCAGCAAAAACCUUGACAUUUGGUACGACCGCGCCACUCUUAAGAUUGUAUCACAUCCUGACAGUAUUUCCUAAAUCUGACCCCAUAACAUGGUGUAGCCAGGGUUCCUGGUCACGGAUCGUGUAACAAAAUGAAACUGUCGGCCAUCUCUAAUGCACCUGUCACUCACAAAACUCAACAUUUCUAUUCCAGUUCGGACGACUGCGCUCGGCGAAGCAAAUUAUGUUGGUAGACUUGGGAGAGUUUAAUCUCUUUCAGUUUGCACAAUCAUGUUUGCGCCCCGCCGAGACUUUCGUUUUGGGCUUCUCCGGAUACGAGUCACUAUCCGAAUAUGAGAUGACAGCAUUCUACGAGCAGUAAGUCGCCACUGUAAAUGUUCAUUUAGUUAGUCUAAGUAUAUGAUAUAUUCGGUUGAUUUCUGAUUGAACGUACGAUGUAGGAGCUUUAAUUUUGUUUGCAAUGGUAAAGCGCAACUUCAAAAUCAUAUUGACUUCAUUGCAAAAUGUUCACCCUGCAUUCAAAAUUCAACUCAACAUUCCAUGAACAUUGUGCUAAUUUAUUGGACAUUAACAAUUGCCUUCAAAAAUAUUUAAAAAAUCAUAAAAGUUGCCUAAAUAAAAAUAAUUGUCUAGGUCGAGUUAAGUAAAACAGCAGUCACAGUUUCCCCCAUUAUACUCUGGGUGAAAGAAGCGGUCAAAAUUCUGUAGAAUAUAUUUCUAUUUUAAAGCCUAUGUCCAGUUUCGAAGCAUAAAAACCCUUAAACAGCAUGGGGCUAUUUCAUUAACUGGUAUUUUUUCAUCGAAAAAGUACACUCGAGCGGAUUUCUAUGUAAAGAAAUUGAAUGCAAUAGGUGCUUCGUUUAUUCUAUACAAAAAGUAAUAGAUAACAUCUGUCUUUCUGUUUUUCUGCUCUUCAUUUUUUUUUUUUUUUUUUGUGUGGGACUUGGGCCAACCUCUUUUUUUUUUUUUCUUUUUUAACUUUUUUUGAUUUUUAUGUAAAGUAAUUGAAUUCAAUAGGUGCUUCGUUUAUUCUAUACAAAAAAUAAUAUAUAACAUUUGUCUUUCUUUUUUUCUUCUCUUUUUUUUUUUUUUUUUUUGCGAGGGACUUGCGCCAACCUCUUUUAAUUUCUCUCUUUUCUAACUUGUUUCAAGGUAGUAUUUAUUUAUUUAUAUAAACUUUAAUUUAAAUUCGUGCAAUUUUUGUCUCGGUCGUACUGAUGAAGCCAUUGGCCGGAACGUCUUGAUGUUGUUCUCUCAGUCAAAGACUUUCUGACAUGUUUUACUUACACACAUUGUUUCUGUCCUCAUCAAUCUAUCUUCCACGGGCUUUCAUUUCUUUCUGUUUUAAAUCCGCCACAGGAAUGUUUCAUUCGGUGAUAUUGUUGCUCAGAUUUUUGUUUUUUUUCCAUAAAGAAGUACUAACCAGUUAUUUUUAUUUUUCACCUGACAUACAUCUUCACAUUCAGUCCAAGGACAUUAAAAAAAAAAAAAAAAAGUAUCACCACUAAAUACAGCUCAGCAAAGUAAUUGGGAAAUGGUGCUAAUACUUCAUGAUAAACAAACCAAGUCUCAAUUCUGUGACCUCUGAUUAAUUUACUUUUUUUUUAGUUUGCUGACGCCAACUACGUUAAGUCAAUAAUUUACUUCACACUACUUCGCCUUUAUUUAGAUUCGCCUCGUACAAUGCACUGAAAGCCGCACAAUCUGUGGAAAUUUGCGUUCCUAGACUUGAACGCGGGCGCUUGGCCUUCUUUGAUGAAGCGGUACGUUAGCCUUACACUAAGUUACCACUACAGAACAACUGGGAGGAGCCUAGACCUGUUUCAAUAAACAUUUUUUCAUUUAUUUAUUAGGGUGUCGAAAUUUGACGUCAUGAAAGUUUUGUUCUCAUCCCCAAAAUCACAUGAUUGUAUCACUCCCAACUUCAUUCCUCCCACAUUUCUAUACCUUUUUAGGUUUAUUUUUUUAAAAUUUUAAAUGACCUAUUCGUUCAAAACGAAGUUGAUAUCUGCAAAGCAUAUAAAAAAAAGAGUAUAGAAAUCUAUAUUUCAUUUUUUCCUGCUAAAUUUCAUCAUGAUCUAUCAUACUACAGCCUAUGAAGGGCUCUGUCCUGCAUCGCCACAUCAUUUGUUCCGCACGGACCUAUCCAUGGUCUUUCGUUUCCACGCAUGAUCACCAAACCCCUUCUCCCUCCAUCUCGUGUGAAUCCGAGAACACAUCAGCUUACAAUUUUCAAGAAGCUUGUUUUGCAAUCCUGUCAAUGAAUUCCCACGAACUGUCGAGUGCAAACGUGAUGUGAUGCUAUGUUUUAGGUAACCUUGGUAUGUAUCACUGAAAUGCCCCCCCCCCAAAACAAAUUAAAAAAAUGAAUCGCUGGACCCUUAUUAUGGAUAUGUAUUGAUAUUCGGAGAGUAAACCAGACACGGAGUCGUGUGGGAUGAAUAUUAGAAUUCUGUGAACUAUGUGAACUGUACAUAACAUUGAAUACUUGUGCUAUUUUCUAUAUCUCUUCAACUCACACCCACACUGACUGUUGGGUCCUUCCCAUCAUCUAAAUAGGUUGUUUGUUUGUUUCUUUGUUGUUUUUAUUUUCAUUUGUGUUUUUUUUUUUCCAGAGCCAGAAAACAUUACUCUUUCAUUUUAGAAAAUGUAAAGUUAUUUGGGUUUAUUUUUAAAAAAAAAAAUAAAUAAUAAUUAUAAAAAAGAAAACUUUUAAAAAUUUUUUUUUUUUUUUUGUUGUUUUUAUUUUCUUUUUUGUUUUUUUUUUUCCAGAGCCAGAAAACAUUACUCUUUCAUUUUAGAAAAUGUAAAGUUAUUUGGGUUUAUUUUUAAAAAAAAAAAUAAAUAAUAAGUAUAACAAAGAAAACGUUUAAAAAUGUCGCAUUAGUCAUUAGUUGAACUACAUAUUUCUUUAACACAUUCCUAUUACGUUCAGUAGUACCAUAUUCUCCACCCACUAACACUAUUAGAACUUGAACGAGUUCAAAUAAAUUAGGCUUUCGUUUUGGAAUAGAAAUAUAAAUAGAAAGUAAAUCUAAUUGUCAGAAUUAUCCCCCUUUUGAAAAAAAAAUCUUAAAACUUCUGAUUUGCAUGUUUAACUUUAAUUUAAGUAAAAGGCACAUUAUAUCGCCUCGAACACCCCAGAGGCAGCCGAAACGACCAUCGAUAUUUACGACACAUGCG